ACUUCAGUCUUUGAGGUAGAAUCCGACGAUUCCUCCUCCAAAACUUCGGUCUUUGAGGUAGAAUCCAUCGACUCCACCUCUAAGACUUCAGUCUUUGAGGUAGAAUCCAUCGACUCACCCCUAGAUUCAGUCUUUGAGACUUCAGUCUUUGAGGUAGAAUCCGACGAUUCCUCCUCUAAGACCUCAGUUUUUGAGGAAGAAUCCGACGAUUCUUCCUCCAAAACUUCGGCCUUUGAGGUAGAAUCCAUCGACUCCACCUCUAAGACUUCAGUCUUUGAGACUUCAGUCUUUGAGGUAGAAUCCGACGAUUCCUCCUCUAAGACCUCAGUUUUUGAGGAAGAAUCCGACGAUUCUUCCUCCAAAACUUCGGCCUUUGAGGUAGAAUCCAUCGACUCCACCUCUAAGACUUCAGUCUUUGAGACCUCAGUUUUUGAGGAAGAAUCCGACGAUUCUUCCUCCAAAACUUCGGUCUUUGAGGUAGAAUCCAUCGACUCCACCUCUAAGACUUCAGUCUUUGAGGUAGAAUCCAUCGACUCCUCUUCUAAGACUUCAGUCUUUGAGGUAGAAUCCGACGAUUCCUCCUUUAAGACUUCAGUCUUUGAGGUAGAAUCCAUCGACUCCACCUCUAAGACUUCAGUCUUUGAGGUAGAAUCCAUCGACUCCACCCCUAAGAAUUCAGUCUUUGAGGUAGAAUCCGACGAUUCCUCGUCUAAGACUUCAGUCUUUGAGGUAGAAUCCGAGGACACUACAAACUGCCAACACUCGCUUAAUAUUGCCAAACGACGAUUUAUCUUCAUGAG